UGCCGCUGACGAGUACUCGGCUCGGUCUUCGAAAGACGCUGCUGGGGUUCGUUCUUUGCAAUACCAUUCUGCUGCAUGUAGCAGCUCCAAAAACAAAAAUAAACGUGGGUGUGGGAGGACAAUAUAUAUUUUUCAACGUUUUCCAGCCCUCGCGGCACCGCUUGGGCGAAGCCGCCCGCGUACGGUGACGCUUUCUCCCUCUUUUUCACGACAACCACAAGUGUUUCGGCUUCAACUUUCCAUCAGAAGGCGUACAGCUUUUCUUUUUGCUAAACUAAAACUGCAAGCCUCGGCGUAUUAAGCAUCCAUAGUUGUACACAAAAGCUCUUGCUAAGCUUUACCUACAAAAUGGCGCUGCCACAACAAAUUGAAAUGACGGAGGUCCUCGGGGCGACCAAGGUCAGCCCCCUAGAGGAGGUGGUGGUGGAAGGCAACCAUAUGAUGAUUGCGCCCAUACAGGAAAACAUGGGGAUGCCGAAGGAUGUCUUCGGCAAAGGACCCGUGACAAUCAGACAAAAGGUAGAGAAUACUGGGAUAGGAGUUUGGGUUUGAAUUUUACUACGAUCACGAUGAGCAGAGACAUCGCUUCGGGCGUGCUUUUCGGACGCACACUCUUGCUGGGUCCAAUACAUAAUUGACAAUAAGAAUAUGUAAAGGUAAACACGUACACUAUCUCUAUCACUACUUCAGCAAAUCUAUACCUCAAACAUAUCAGGUGACGAAGCGCAAUAAAUUGCAUCGAGUUGGUCUCUAUCCACAGUAAAUUUCCUGUACAUGUACAAAUGCGAAUUCUGCAUGACAAAGCUUUCUUAUAAUUCUGCUCAGCAUGACAAGCGGCAUGCUCCAAGUUGGUGAAAUUUGUGAUGCAUUUUGUACAUGUGCAGGAAAUUUGUAUUGCAUAGUCUCGAAGUGCGAUUUGAACAACCGAUACAACGUGACCACUGUAUCAAAUGCAAAUAUGUCUGGGUCUGGAAGAAUGCUGGAAUUUGUCAUGCAGAGUUUGCAUGACCCAUAAGGUCUGUGAUGCAUGCCCUAGCAUCAGAGAUUCUGCGAUGGCUUUCUGAUGCUCAUACCGCAUGAGAAAUGCCCUCUCCGCGUAGCAAAAAUUGGGACUCUUUUGCUGUUCAUGCAAUACAGAUUUUAUGUAGAAUGAAUCCAAAGGUAGCAUUACAAGCUGCUUCCUUCCAGACCCAGAUAUUUUUACAGUUGAUACACUGCGGAGGGCAACCACUACUACUUCCAGGAGGACACGUAUCGCAAGAAAAAAGUGUUACAGUUACACAUUGUGUUGCAGGCCAAGCAAGACAGACCAGCUCUGUCAUGCCGGAUAUGCCUAGGAGCUUCGUUUCAUAGGUGUUUUCCCUUAGUAUUUCUGAAUUGCAAGCUUUCUCUCUCAUGCGCAGAAAUUUGUGUUGGUGAAUUGACAACAAAUGUGUACUAACUGUAACACUUUUUUCGUGGGAUAACACGCCGUGCAUGAUGCGUCAAUGCUGCGGCGAGGCCCGGUCCUUCACCGUUGAUUUGCACAACAGCAACGAUUCCAACUCCGGGCCAAAGCUGUACUCCGGCGAGAAACAGAACGUUACCUUCCACAAAUGCAUCCCCCUCGCCUGCCUCCCCAUGUGUCGCCCAGAAAUGAUCGUAUAUGAUAGAUUGCUGAUGUUGUCUAGUACUAGAACUAGUACGACACUGAUUUCAACUAGUUUUUUCGGCUUGUUGGGGCAGCGCCAGCGUAGUUAUUCUUGAAUGAAGUUCUGGAAGAUUCAAACACAUAAAAACUCAGGUGUUCAACAAAGUGACGGGCAAGAAAGUCGGGUCGAUCCGGGACCCUUUUAUGUGUUGCAAUGUCACCGAGACCAUCAAGGAUGCUGAUGGGAAGGUCUUGUACUACAUGGAGGGGCAGUGCUAUGCAAGCAAAAAACUGUGUUUAGUGUAACUUUCUUUGGCCGGCAGCAUCACAAAUUUUCUCUACAUGACAGAGAAAACCUGUCAAGCGUGGCUGGUAAGGCAAAACACACACGGAAAGAGGACUUCAUGGCUGUCUGGCAUGACAGGUGUAACUCUCUUGCAUGUUCUGCAUUUACAAAGUUACACUUACGCAGUUUUUUUCUUGCAUAAGUGCCUACAGCUCGGGUUUUACCUGCCCUGCUGCUUCGACAUCGAGUUCCCCAUCGAGUCGGACCAGACGAAGGGGCGGGAAGGCAAGGGCAUGUUUUACAAGCGGGCGGGUGGGUGCAUGGAGUUCCUGUGCGGAGACCUGGCCUCCAAGUUCGAAGUGGAGUUCCCCCCCGAUGCGGACACAGACGACAAGAAGGCGCUGCUGGUCAUGAGCUCCAUGAUGAUCGAUAUGAUCUACUUCGAAAAACAGGACCGGUGCAAGCCGAAGAGGAACAAGUAAAAGAACCAGGUCGGCAUUUUCGAUCAGAUGAAUGAAGGUUUUUUUCUGCUGAGGCGUAGCACCAGUGUGUGUUGAUCAGCUACUAAGUAUUCUCUCCUACAUCGAUAUGUUGCACGAAUGCUUAUGCUGCAAAUCGUCGGAUAUGGUUGAGUAAUUACCACCUUCUCGAUGAUUUCAAGUGUAUUUAGUAAUCAAGUAGUAGUUUCAACUCUGUUUCGCUUCGCACUUUCUGCUAAGAUGCGAGCUCCAGUAAUCCUUGCUUGAUAUGCAUCACGGUAUGCGUAGUGUCACUCUCAACCCGAACCGUAUGUCUAUGUGUACGAUGAACGUCUCCCGUUGACAUUGUUGUUGACCAAGAAAAAAGAAGAACGCUCAUGGAAACGAUAGUAAAAAAAUGCAAUCAUUGCAUUGGGGCAACUAAU